AUGGAGGAUUAUUCCAGUGCAACAUUGAAAGCUUACAUUAAAUAUAUAGAUGGAGUAGCAAGUUUGGAUCUAAGUGGAAAAGGACUCUCCAGGGUACCUGAUGCAGUCACUGAACUGGGUGAAGUGGGAAAACUUGAGCUGAGUAACAAUAACCUGACUGAACUAUCAACAAGUAUAAAUAAGCUGAAAAAUCUUACGAGGCUUUGCUUGAUUACAAACAAACUGGCAGAACUACCGCCUGAGAUCUGUGACCUAAAGGAGCUAAAAACGUUGUUGGUGUCUGGUAACCAGUUGGUUGGUUUACCAAGUAGUAUACAGAAGCUGAACAAGCUAGAAUGGUUGCGCUUGGACGGAAACAACCUAAAAGAGUUACCAGCUGGGGUUGGUGACCUGAUGGAGCUGACAAAGCUGGAAGUGAGUGAAAACCAGUUGGUUGGUUUGCCUACCACUUUAAAAAAGCUGAACAAGCUUAAAGAGCUGUACUUGGACGGUAAUAAAGUAACAGAACUGCCUCCUGAGAUUUUUUACCUGAAGGAGCUAAGAGCGCUGAAUGUGGGUAUGAACCAGUUGGUUGUGUUACCUAGCAAUAUACAGAAGCUGAGCAAGCUUACGUUGCUAAACUUAGAUAAGAACAAACUUACUGAAUUACCUGCUGAGGUUGGUGACCUGAAGGAGCUGUGUUCGCUGAAUGUGAGUAACAACCAGUUGGUUGGUUUACCUACCAGUAUACAGAAACUGAAUAAGCUUGAAGUGCUGUUCUUGUGUAAUAACAAGCUUACUGAAUUACCUGCUGGUAUUGGUGACCUGAAGGAACUGAGUUGGCUUUAUGUGAGUGGUAAUCCUUUGAAUUUUGAUGCAAUAAGAUUUGCCCAAAAGUUGAAGAACAAAGGGAAGUUCAUUAACACUGAUAUUGCAGGUGAGCAGGGAUAUUUUCAGUUAAGUUUAAAAGUAGGCUGACUACAUUUAGAUGUACAUGAACUGAGCUACUGUAACCGCCUCCCGGUUAGUUCAGUUCGAAGAACCCAGGACGUGAUUGUUUGUACCUUGGCUAGUCCACCAACCAGGGUCUUUAAAAAUCUGUUAAUUCCAUGAUCAGACGCGAGGCUGAUUUAAGAUCUUGUCUCAGUUCAGAUGAUUGCAUUAUUGGGAGGUGGCAUAAAGUUUUGGCCCCGUCUCUCUUCAAAGCAACACAAAGAAUGUAUAAUCACGCGAAUACAAAUUGGCGUUUUAAUAGGGUCGACCUGUACUAGAAGGGUCGUCACAAUCUGACACUGUCUUGCGAUACACAGAUAACAGGAACACAUAAGAAGCAUUAAUCAUGACUCCCGUAACCGAGUUCACAUGCGUUUAAAGGCCCAUUGUCCUAACUUUUGAGUUAGUUGCUGGGGGAAAGUCGUCAAGGUGUAACUUAACAUUGCGAACCCUACAUGAGACGAAAUUUGGACAGUGGUCCCUUAGUGACCAGUUGGUUAUCACUGUGAGGUCAUCAGGACACGCCUAUUGUCACGUGACCCAAGAGCAGAGCAUAAUCUACCCGCUGGUCAAGCUACACACACUGUAGUCCAGCGGAUCGUAUUGCAUAUAGUUAAGCACCAGAAUAAAUAGCUUCAUUUGAAGCUGCCAUUCAUUCUUCUAUAAAAUUUGGGUCUGUAAAUCAGUGUCCCUGAGAUUAUUGAACAGCAUGCAAAGGACAAUAACGAGCUGGGCCCAACGUGACAAUACACUGCUGGAAAUCAUUGCAUUUACGGACUAAAGGAAGUCUUUUAGUUAUUCAAAACCCUUCUUUAGCCGCAAAGAGCUUUAUCAUCUUUAUGUUUCAAAAGAGCAAGCAGCAUUUUGGCAUGAGGUAAAACUUGUGUGUUGCCUACAGACCCCCUUUUUUCACAAAGCAUGAUGGACGAAAGAGCCGAAAACGAGCGGAAACGAAAAUUCCAAAGUUGAGUUGAAAAUAUACGAGGUCGAGUUUGAAAUAUGACGCGGCGAGAAGCAAAAUUCACCGAGUGAGUAUCAAACUGCAAAGUUCGCAUCUCAGUCAAAUGUAGAAUACUGGCUCAGGUAUCAAAACCAAAACGAAAGUAGCAGUGUACAAAAAUUUGUUCCGAUCGAGUUGAAAAUUGCAUGGUUUGUCUGUGUAAUCUGACAAAGCGAGUUGAAAAUGUUCAGCGAACAAGGUCAAAUAAAAAAGUUGAGUUCAAAAGCUAAAAGACGAGUAUAGAAACGUUUUCCAAUGAUGUGAAUUCUAAAGAAAGCGUGUAUAAUUCAGGGGCGUAGCCAGCCUUUCGACUGGUUGUAGGCCUGGCUGACUUUCAUUUCUACAUAUCCUGAAAAUUGUACGCAUGACUAGUGCGCAGUGACCUCACCAACACUUUGAGCUCUUAAGCUUUUAGCUCACCCCAACAACGCAUGAUUUAUUAUGAGCGGUAGGUUUAUCAAACCCAAAAUUUGUAGGCCCGGGCCAACAGGCCUUUGGGUUGACUACGCCCCUGUAGGUGUAAAAUUG